AUGGCGGCGGCGGUGGGGCGGGACGCUCUACCUGAGCACUGGUCCUACGGCGUCUGCAGGGACGGGCGCGUCUUCUUCAUCGACGACCUGACCCGCACCACCACUUGGCUGCAUCCGCGCACCGGCGAGCCCGUCAACUCCGGCCACAUGAUCCGCUCAGACCUGCCCCGAGGAUGGGAGGAGGGGUUCUCGGAGGAGGGCGCCAGCUACUUCAUCGACCAUAAUCAGCAGACCACGUCAUUUAGACAUCCUGUGACAGGACAGGUUUCUCCAGAAAAUAUUGAAUUUAUUUUACAAGAAGAGCAAAAUUCAUCUAUGUCCAACCAACAAAUAAACCAAAGGCCUUCAAGCAUGGUCAGUGAAACGUCCACUGCGGCAACUACGUCUGCUGUUGAUACAAAACCUGGCUCUAAGGUUGUGAAGACUGGAAACAAAGUUCACAGCUUUGGGAAGAGGGAUCAAGCCAUCAGGAGGAAUCCCAAUGUUCCUGUGAUAGUAAGAGGCUGGCUGCACAAACAGGAUAGCUCUGGAAUGCGAUUAUGGAAGAGACGAUGGUUUGUGCUUGCUGAUUAUUGCUUGUUUUACUACAAAGACAGCAGAGAAGAGUCUGUUCUGGGGAGCAUCCCAUUGCCUAGUUAUGUAAUAUCUCCAGUUGGACCUGAAGAUCGUAUAAAUCGCAAAUUUUCUUUUAAGGCUGUUCACACAGGUAUGCGGGCAUAUAUUUAUAACAAGAAUUCUGUGAUUGGCUCCCAGGCAGAGCACACGGGGAUGAGGACGUACUACUUCAGUGCUGACACCCAGGAGGACAUGAACGCCUGGAUCCGGGCUAUGAAUCAGGCUGCUCUCAUGCAGACACGCUCCUCACUGAAGAGGGAAACUGAAAGAGUGGAUCAGCAAGCUGUUCCCCAAGUCAAUCAUGUGGAUGCCUGCAAAGAGUGUGUAAAGGCAGAGAUUACAGACACAAAGGAAAGUUAUCAGAAAUCAGCUGAAAUGCUUGGAUACGAUAAGCGUGAAGAGAUAAGAAGAGAAAAGGAGGAGGAGGAGCAUUAUGUGCACAGAAAAGAAACUCUGGAAACCAAAAAGGGAAAGGCUAAGCAUGCGUUAACAGAAGCUGAUUCAUUAUUUCCAGAUUUAACGAAUGCAUCUCGGUCCCAAGUAGCUCAGCCCCAGCCAGCUGAGAAGAAUGGAAAGCUCCCUAGCUCAUUAAGUAUGAGUGCUGGCCUAGUGGAGCAGAAUGGUACUGGCUCCUAUAAAAGAGGGUUUGUUCCCAGAACAAAUCCAGAUAAGCAGUUUCAAAGGAAAAGUAACAUGGCUCAAGUGGAGCACUGGGUAAAAGUCCAGAAAGGAGAUACAAAAAGCCUUGCUUCUGAUCAGACUCUUACACGUCAGGGUCCCAAUCCUCCUUUUCCUGAAAACUAUCACACUUUGCCAAAGAACACCAGGCAGCCUUCAGGGAGCUCACCGCCACCAAACCGCAAUUUGCCGAGUGACUACAAAUAUGCACAAGAUCGUGUAAGCCACUUGAAGAUGUCCCAGGAGGAAAGGAGAGCAAAUAAGGAUGGAACUGUUUGGCAGCUGUAUGAGUGGCAGCAGAGACAGCAGUUCAAACAUGGCAGCCCCACAGCCCCACUUUAUGUAGGUUCUUCAGACUUUAUUGAUCGUGCUAAGUCAAAAAGUUCAUUAGAUGUUCCACGAUCAAUAUCUGUUCCUCCCUCUCCAUCUGAUAUUCCUCCACCUGGACCUCCAAAAAAUUUUCUCCCACGGAGACCACAUACUCCUGCAGAAAGGCUCACAGUUAAACCAUCAGAUGAGAGGCAGACUGUGGAUGUUCCUUUUGCUGGAUCCCCCAGGAAGAUACGGAAUCGUGCUGUAAAGAGCUCCACUCACCUGGAUCGCCGCUCCAUGCCUGCCAUGGGCUACAUGACGCACACGGUGAGCGCGCCCAGCUUGCACGGCAAGUCGGCAGAUGACACUUACAUCCAGUUGAAAAAGGAUCUGGAGUAUUUGGAUCUAAAGGUGACAGGACGUGACACGUUAAAAGACAGAAGUACAAAACCUGUCAAGAUUGCAGAAAGUGAUAUUGAUGUGAAACUAAGUGUUUUAUGUGAGCAGGACAGAAUUCUGCAGGACUUGGAGGACAAAAUAAGAGCCCUUAAGGAAAAUAAAGAUCAGCUGGAGUCUGUUUUGGAGGUUUUACACAGGCAGAUGGAUCAGUACAAAGACCAACCACAACAUGCAGAAAAAAUAUCUUACCAGCAGAGACUUUUGCAAGAGGACCUUAUACAUAUCCGGGCUGAAAUAUCCAAAGUUUCAACGGAAAUGGAAAAUGCCUGGAAUGAGUACCUGAAAUUGGAAAAGGAUGUGAGCCAGCUGAAAAAAGCCUUACAGGAGCAGAUGAACAGUUCAUUGGUAUCUCAGGAGAAAACACAAAUACAAAAAGACUUGUGGAGAAUUGAAGAUGUUACAGCUGGCUUGAGUGCAAAUAAAGCAAACUACAAAACCAUAGUAGACUCCAUAAAGAAUCCAGAGAGAAAAACAGUGCCUUCAUUUUCUCAGUCUUCAGUGCCUUCCUUGCCAGCUUCCCUUGGUACUGUGGAGAGCAAACGUUCAGUCCCGCAGAGCCCUCCACGCAGCCCGGUUAAAUCCCCUCUGGAGGUUAGGCUGUAUCCACAGCCUUAUUUCCAGACCAGGACACAGCACCAAGCACAGCAGCUGAAAAAAGUUGAGCCACCUCUUCAGUCACCAGUCAAGCUCAAGCCAAAGGUUGAAGAUGAAGCACCGCCCAGACCUCCUCUCCCUCAGUUGUACAGUCCUGAGGAUCAGCCACCAGCUGUCCCACCCCUCCCGAGAGAAGCCACUGUCAUCAGACACACCUCGGUGCGGGGCCUCAAACGUCAAUCAGACGAGAGAAAGAGAGACAGAGAGCUCGGCCAGUAUGUAAAUGGAGAUUACAGGGUGGAGCUGCGUUCAUACGUGAGUGAGCCAGAACUAGCAAUGCUCGGGGGUGACCUCAGCCACCCUUCCAGUGCUUUAAUAAGCCCUGACAGUGGAUACCAGACAUUACCUACCCGUGGUUUGUCUGGAUCAACAUCCAGAUUGCACCAGUCAUCUACCAUUUCAUCAUUUGCAACACUUCGAAGGGAUAGGUCCAAGCUCCAGGAGAGACCAAAGAGUGCCUUGGAACGUUUAUACUCUGGAGACCACCAAAGAGGCAAGAUGAGUGCAGAGGAGCAGCUAGAGAGAAUGAAGAGACAUCAGAAGGCAUUAGUGCGGGAACGCAAGAGGACUCUUAGCCAGGGAGAAAGGCAGCCUGUUUCAUCUCGCUCUUUCAUCAGGCCCGUGUCUGCAGACGUAGGCUCAGUAUGUUAGAUAUGCCUUAAAAGGACUAAACUAAAAAUAUAUUUGGAUUUAUUCUUUUUUUUUUUUCCUUUUUUUUUUUUUCCCCCCCAGCAAGCACUUUCACUUUGAGUGUGUGUGAUGCUUCUAGUCCAAUUAAAUUAGUGUUCUGUGGUAUCAAAUGAGUUCAGAGAGUGUGAGGAACAGGUGAUAGUUUUACUUGUAGUUAAGGUAAAUAUAGCAGGUUCAGCAGGUAAGUUGGUCAGAGGUUAGUGAUGAGUGGAGAUGCCGGUAUAUUGGGAUGAUUUCAGAGACAUGUUUUUUUAUUUUUUUCCCUUGGAACUGUAUUUAGAAAGUGUCGAAAGCUUGUACAGUUUUAAAACUGCUUCAUAAUGGAAUGGGCCUUUUAGAAUGUUCUUUCUCACCAUGGGUAUUUUUCCUUUUAAUUCAUAAAUUAGCCUGCCAGAUAGUAGGUGGUAAUAUCAGACCAAGGUGGUGCUUGUUUGUCCUUUUUAAAAAAGAUGAUCAAUAAAUAAUAAGUUUUAAAAUCUAAUCAUGCUGAUUAGGAACAUAUUGGAGAGCUAAUGUAUUUUAAUUGAUACAAAUUCUUCUCUAAAGCUAAAAAUGUAGAAUAUUCUAAUAAGGCUCAAAUUUAAGCUGCUGAAGAAAAGUAUUUUUGUUGCUUUCUGAGAGUAAAUGCUGUGCAGAUGAUAAGUUUAUAAUGAUAGAUUUUGGAUACUAACCAAAGCAAUUCUAAUUGGUGAAGUUACCCAGUUGCUUACUUGGUGCUAAACCAGGAUUGUACUGUAAUUGCACUUAUGCUGUGGUUUUUUAAUUUAUUUUUUAUUUGGUCCACUAGAGCUUUAGAAUGAUCACAUUGUUUUACCUAAUUCAUUGCACAAGAUCUCUUGCUUUUAAAUUGGUCACUCAUCAUACCUAAUGCCUCUUUUUUGUUUUUUUUUUUUUGUUUGUUUGUUUGUUUGUUUGCUUGUUUUUAAUUUGCAGAAUUUUGUAGUUAUUUAAAAUUUCUAACUGGACUACUCAAUUUUUACCAGGCUUAAUUGCAUUUAGUACAUGUGUGUCAAUUGCUGGCAUUAAAAGAAACCAAACUAAUAAUAUUCAGCUUUUCAUUCCCACUGUUCUGUAGCACUAAUUUGCAGCCAGUUAUUUGUAUUUACUUUCCCAGUAAAUACGAGUGCACUGCUUGGAGACAUUCAUCUGUUUUGUCUUCUGUUUUGCAAUCACAAUUUUUUUAAAGACAGU